AUGCCCACUCAAGUUAGAAUCUUCUCGCGACCCAGGCCUCUCGGCGAGACCCUCGAAAAGUCCCUAAACAACUCUUCGGUUCCUCGCUCAGUUCCCGAUACCACUGAUCUUCUGAAACAAAUCGAGUCACCAAAGCCGACGAGGAGCAGCCAGGACGCCAACUCUAUGGCAGUCUACAAGGACAAGUCCGUCGACGGCGGUGUCACCUUUGCCGCGCAAGAUAGUCUCAAGCAACUACCCAUCCCAGAACUAGAGGUCACCUGCGAAAAGUACCUUACUGCUCUGAAGCCGCUUCAGUCUGGACGGGAGCACUCCGACACUAGGCAGGCCGUACAGGAUUUCUUGAAGAAUGAUGGCCCAGCUCUGCAGGAGAAGCUGAAGGCUUAUGCCGUAGACAAGUCCAGCUAUAUCGAACAAUUUUGGUAUGAUUCUUACCUCAACUUUGACAACCCGGUUGUCCUUAACCUAAACCCCUUUUUCCUGCUGGAAGAUGACCCAACUCCGGCGAGGAACAACCAGGUGACUCGAGCGGCGUCGCUCGUGGUGUCGGCUCUGGAGUUCGUUCGUGCCGUUCGUAAAGAAGAGCUUCCCCCAGACAAUAUCAAGGGUCAGCCUCUGUGCAUGUACCAAUACUCUAGGCUAUUCGGUACAGCGCGCGUGCCUACCGACAAUGGCUGCCAGAUCGAGCAGGACCCCGACUCGAGGCACAUCGUCAUCAUGUGCCACGGCCAAUUCUACUGGUUCGACGUUUUGGACGGCAACCAUGACCUGAUCAUGACUGAGAAGGACGUCUCAAUCAACCUGCAGACAAUCAUCGAUGACGCAGCACAAGUUCCGAUUCAGGAUGCAGCAAAAGGAGCCUUGGGUGUUUUGAGCACAGAGAAUCGGAAGAUCUGGUCGGGGCUGAGGGACGUAUUGACACGGGAGGAGGGCUCCAACAAUGCCGAUUGCCUGGGAAUAGUCGACUCCGCCCUGUUUGUUUUGUGUCUGGACUAUACCGAGCCAGCCGACGCUGACGCUCUCUGCGGCAACAUGCUGUGUGGCACCAGUCUGGUCGAGAAGGGUGUGCAGGUUGGAACCUGCACGAACAGAUGGUAUGACAAGCUGCAGAUCAUCGUCUGCAAGAACGGCAGUGCUGGAAUCAACUUCGAGCACACUGGUGUGGAUGGCCACACAGUCCUGAGAUUUGCCAGCGAUGUGUACACGGACACGAUACUGCGCUUUGCGAGGACCAUCAACGGCCAGGCCCCGACCCUCUGGGCGUCAACGAGUCCCGACCCGGCGAAGCGUGACCCCGACAGCUUCGGCGAAGUCAGCACAACCCCCCACAAGCUCGAGUGGGAUUUGAGCCCCGAGCUGAGCAUAGCUGUGCGUUUCGCCGAAUCGAGACUCGCAGAUCUCAUUGAGCAGAAUGAGUUCAGAACGUUGGACUUCAAGCACUACGGGAAGAACUUUAUGACGUCGAUGGGCUUUUCCCCAGACGCGUUCGUUCAGAUGGCCUUCCAGGCUGCUUACUACGGUUUGUACGGCCGGGUUGAGUGCACAUACGAGCCCGCCAUGACCAAGAUCUUCCUCCACGGGCGGACCGAAGCGAUCCGAAGCGUUUCCGACGCAUCAGUGGACUUUGUCCAGACCUUUUGGGCUGACAAUCCGGCCGAGCAAAAGGUCGAGGCGCUACGAAAGGCAUGCCAGCGGCACGUGAACACCACGAGGGAGUGCGCAAAGGCGCAGGGCUGCGACCGCCAUCUCUACGCCCUCUUCUGCACUUGGCAGCGUUCCAUCGAUGAAGAGCUCAGUGGCGUGAGUACUAAUGGCUACUCCAGCCCAAUCGACGGCUACUCCGAGCGCGACUCGGGCUCUGCCGUUGGAAGCCCCGGACGGGAUUCGGUCCUCUCCCUCAACGGCGUCGACGUGCAGUCUACGGGCCGCGCGCGCGGCGACAGCACCAACUCUCGCAACGGCAACGGCCAAGCCUCGAUGCCGCAUAUCUUCGCCGACAGCGGCUGGGACAAGCUGAACAACACCAUUAUGUCCACUUCCAACUGCGGCAACCCAUCGCUGCGACACUUUGGCUUUGGGCCUACAUCCGGCGACGGGUUCGGCAUCGGCUACAUCAUCAAGGAUGAGGGUCUCGCAAUCUGUGUUUCGAGCAAGCAUCGCCAAACCAAGCGCUUCGUGGAUACUCUCGAGAGCUACCUGCUGGAGGUUAGGCGCAUACUCCGAAUCACAUCCCGCCGCGGCACAGGCGUCAGGCAGACGCGUGCCCGUGAGCUCGACCAGCCGCGCCCGAAGCCGGUCAAGGGAAUCAAGUCCCGGGGCCGCCUGAUCACGGCUCACGACGCCAUCAAACCUUCGAUUGCCAGAUCUUCGACGGGAACACAGUCGCCCACCGAAGAAAGCAUUGCCCUUAGCGAAGACGACGAGAUUGGCGGAUAUGGCUUCUUCGAUGCCGGUAUGCUACUCCAAGCGCUCAAGGCUCGUGGCGAGAAUCUCGACAAUGGGGAGACGAAGCCCUCGGAGCGUGCGGCGGUGCAGGCGCGUCGUAGGGAGAUUGGCAAGAAGCUGAGGCUGAUCGACUACUGA